UAUUUGAAAAUAUUGCCGAUUUGAGUUCAAUGGAAAUGUACUAAUAAAUAAUAAAAUACAGUUCAUUCGGGAAUCGGGGUCGUGCAACUAAACAGUAGAAAGGAUUACUUUGUGAUAACUAAAGAAAAGCUGUAGAGUUUCUCCGCAAAAAAGGAUUAGAUCCAACCAUCACAAUGAGUAAGUUGUGCAGACAAGUUUCAAUAGAGUCCCCUGGACCAACUCUGAGGGAAUGUGUUUUCAGUUUUGACGUACCAGUGCCCGAUGUGCCCAUGUACGGAGCCAGAAUCAGGGUCGUUUAUGCUGGAGCUUGCUACAGAGCCAGCCGAACUCAGAGGUCCGCUUCAGUGUGCAGCACAUCCUCUGUGUCAUCUAUCGGAAGUUUGGCCGGUGAGAUGGAAGGGUUCAACAUUCACAGCUCAACACCGAGCCAUGUUGGUCUACGCGACGGAGCCCUCUUCCCGGGCUAUGAAGUGGCUGGUAUUGUUGAUGCUAUUGGAAAAAAUGCUGAAGUACCCGAUAAUAUCACCGUUGGAACCAGAAUAGUUCUCUAUCCGUAUGAGGGUGUACCACAUGGAUAUGCUGAUUACAUAAUUGUUCCUGAUUUCAAGUGUCUGGUACCGAUUCCACCGGAGUUGCCUCUGAGCGUUGCCGCAAUGUUGCCAACUGGCGCUCUGUUAGCAUCUAAUUCAGUGCACAGCGCCAAUGAGUGCCUGUCCAAAGUGCUUGAUGGUCCGAACAAGAAGGAUCAAGCAAAAUUGUUGAUAGUGGGCACAGGGGGCUUAGCCCUAUGGGCCCUGCGUAUAGCUACGCAUGUUUUCCGUCAAGGCCCAUACCAUGGCCGUGUGAGGCUCACAGUAGCUACAUUGAAAGAAGAAGGUGUUAUUUUGUCUCAAGAGGGAGAAGAAAUAAAUGUUGUGCAGUGGACCGAGGAUUUAUAUGAGAAGCAGUUGAUAGAACGUACCACUGAUGCUUGUGGUGGUCCUGUAGACAUUGUUCUAAACUUUGGGACCACAUCACGUUCUCUGCACCGCUCCCUGCAGUGCUUGGCCCAGGAUGGCGUAGUCCUGGUAACUGAGGACGUAGGUGAGAAGCUGCUGCCGAAGUUUGCGCGCAAGGCGGACGAGAUGAAGGUCCACAUUGCUGCCGUGCCCAACGGCACCAUAGAGCAACUCCGAGAUCUAGUGCAGUUGGUCGCGCGUGGAGAGAUCGAGCCCCCGCCCCACUCCGUGUUUCCGGCCGAGGACGCGCAGGAAGUCAUCAGGAAACUUUGCAACUCCGAAAUUAAGGGGAGAGCAAUUCUCAAAUUCCACAAUGUCGACUAAAAGGUAUCUUUGGCCAAACAUAUAUUUCUUUUCGUACAAAUUGUUCUAUUUGACAUUUUAUGAUAACUUUAAUUGAUUGA